CUAUGAAUCAUAAGAAUACCAUUAUCAUUCUCUUGGUUUCCCUUUCAUCCCUUUUAACUAAUGGCCAGCUUAAUUACUACUACUACACAAACUGCCCUAGCUUACCCAUGAUUGUUAGAUAUGGUGUUUGGGCUGCUAUGCAGAAUGACACCAGGAUAGCUGCGUCUCUUCUUCGUCUUCAUUUCCACGAUUGUUUUGUCAAUGGUUGUGACGGUUCUGUGCUUCUGGAUGAUACUAAAACCUUCAAGGGAGAAAAGAAAGCAGGGCCAAACCGUAAUUCGGUUCGUGGGUUUUACGUUAUCGACAAUAUAAAAGCUGAUGUGGAAAGGGCUUGCCCGUUGACUGUUUCAUGUGUUGAUAUAUUGACUUUUGCAGCUAGAGAAGCCGUUGUUCUGUCAGGAGGGCCAAAUUGGCCCGUUGCAGUAGGGCGGCGAGAUGGGGUAACAGCAAACCUGAAAGCAGCAAAUGAGAACCUGCCAGCACCCUUUGAACCCCUUGCGAACAUCAGUGCUAAGUUUGCAGCAGUCGGGCUUGAUUUGAGAGAUGUCGUGGUUCUCUCAGGUGCACAUACUAUUGGGAUGGCUCAAUGCUUCACAUUCAAAAACAGGCUAUUUGACUUCAAAGGGACGGGCCAACCUGAUCCAAACCUCGACUCAUCUUUAGCCUCGAGCUUGAAAACCUCAUGUCCUAAUGUCGAUAAAUCAAAUGGGAACCUUAAUUCUCUAGACAUGGUGACUACAUACAAGUUUGAUAACGCAUACUAUAAGAACCUGGUGAACAAUGCUGGAUUGCUUGAAUCCGAUCAAGCCUUGAUGAGUGAUCCACAAACUUCUGCUAUGGUCAACGACUAUAGCAUGUACCCGAAUCUUUUUUACAGGGAUUUUGCGACAUCGAUGGUGAAGCUCGGUAAUAUUGGGGUAAUCACAGGGCAAGAUGGUCAAGUUAGAAGGAAAUGUGGUGAGGUGAAUCAUUAAGUUGGUUGUGGUGUUGGUAAUGGUGGAUGCUUGGGAAUAAUUGUUUGACUUUUGACUCUUUGGAUCACUUGUAUGUUGACCAAAGAAUCUUUGACCUUCAAAAGUCAAAUAUUGUAUUUAAAUACCAACAUCUUUAAUAGACUUUAGUUUAAAUUUGUGUGAAAAUCAAUAUCAUACGUUUUGGCCAAGAUCUCUUUCAAAUUUGAAAAGUCUUGGGGCAUAA